AUGUCUCAAGGCAUCAGUUGUGUGCUUCUGCUCUGGGGGUUUGUGACGACUCUCCAUGGCCAACAGCAAGAGGUCCUUUCCCCCAGCAUCUCCGAGAGAAGCAAUACCUGCCCAGAGAAAACCGACUGCCCCAUCAAUGUGUACUUCGUGCUGGACACCUCUGAGAGUGUGACCAUGCAGUCGCCCACAGACAGCCUGCUCUAUCACAUGCAGCAGUUCGUGCCGCAGCUCAUCAGCCAGCUGCAAGACACUUUCUACCUGGACCAGGUGGCCCUGAGCUGGCGCUACGGCGGCCUGCACUUCUCCGACCAGGUGGAGGUGUUCAGCCGGCCGGGCAGUGACCGUGCCUCCUUCACCAAGGCGCUGCAGGGCAUCCGCUCCUUCCGCCGGGGCACCUUCACCGACUGUGCACUGGCCAACAUGACCCAGGAGGUGCGGCAGAGUGGAGGCAAGGAUGUGGUCAACUUUGCCGUGGUCAUCACUGAUGGCCAUGUCACUGGCAGCCCCUGUGGGGGCAUCAAGAUGCAGGCCGAGCGGGCACGAGAGGCAGGCAUCAAGCUCUUUGCCGUGGCCCCCAACCCCAACCUGAAUGAGCAGGGUCUGCGGGACAUUGCCAGCUCGCCCUAUGAGCUGUACCGUAGCAACUACGCCACCAUGAAGCGGGACACCACUGACAUCGACGAAGACACCAUCAACCGCAUCAUCAAGGUCAUGAAACACGAAGCUUAUGGCGAGUGUUACAAGGUGAGCUGCCUGGAGAUCGCCGGCCCCCCUGGUCCCAAGGGCUACCGAGGACAGAAGGGUGCCAAGGGCAACAUGGGUGAGCCAGGAGAGCCUGGACAGAAGGGGCAUCAGGGAGAUCCAGGCAUCGAAGGCCCUAUUGGAUUCCCAGGACCCAAGGGUGUUCCUGGCUUCAAAGGAGAGAAGGGCGAGUUUGGAGCUGAUGGCAGGAAGGGGGCUUCCGGCCUGGCUGGCAAGAAUGGGACCGAUGGACAGAAGGGCAAGCUGGGCCGCAUCGGGCCUCCAGGCUGCAAGGGUGACCCUGGGAGCCGGGGCCCUGAUGGCUAUCCAGGAGAUGCAGGCAACCCUGGGAUGCAAGGAGACCAAGGUGCCAAGGGAGAUGCUGGACGCCCAGGACGCAGAGGUCCCCCAGGAGAAAGCGGGGCCAAAGGCAACAAGGGAUAUCAAGGCAAUGAUGGUGCCCCAGGAAGUCCCGGCUUGAAAGGAGCCAAGGGCGGGCCUGGGCCUCGGGGACCUAAAGGCGAGCCAGGACGCAGGGGAGAUCCUGGAGCCAAGGGCAGCCCUGGGAGUAAUGGCCCCAAGGGGGAGAAGGGGGACCCUGGCCCCGAGGGAUCCCGGGGCCUGGCUGGAGAGGUCGGCAGCAAAGGGGCCAAGGGAGAUCGAGGCCUGCCUGGACCCAGAGGCCCUCAGGGAGCUCUUGGUGAACCAGGGAAUCAGGGAUCUCGGGGAGACCCUGGUGAUGCUGGGCCACGUGGAGAUUCAGGACCACCCGGUCCCAAGGGAGACCCUGGCAGGCCUGGAUUCAGCUACCCAGGACCCCGAGGAACGCCUGGACAAAAGGGGGAGCCAGGCCCACGUGGCCCUGAGGGAGGCAGAGGAGACUUUGGUGUAAAAGGAGCCCCAGGAAGAAAAGGAGACAAGGGUGAGCCUGCAGACCCUGGUCCCCCCGGUGAACCAGGUCCUCGAGGGCCCCGAGGAGUCCCAGGACCCCAGGGUAUGCCUGGCCCCCCUGGAGACCCUGGUCUCACGGAGUGUGAUGUCAUGACCUACGUGAGGGAGACGUGUGGGUGCUGUGACUGUGAGAAGCGCUGUGGUGCCCUGGACGUGGUGUUUGUCAUCGACAGCUCUGAGAGCAUCGGCUACACUAACUUCACUCUGGAGAAGAACUUCGUCAUCAAUGUGGUCAAUCGGCUGGGCGCCAUCGCCAAGGACCCCAAAUCAGAGACAGGCACUCGAGUGGGUGUGGUGCAGUACAGCCAUGAGGGCACCUUCCAGGCCAUCCAGCUAGAUGACGAGCGGAUCAACUCGCUGUCCAGCUUCAAGGAGGCCGUCAAGAACCUUGAAUGGAUCGCCGGCGGCACCUGGACACCCUCGGCCCUCAAGUUCGCCUACAACAAGCUCAUCAAGGAGAGCAGGCGACAGAAGACCCGUGUGUUUGCAGUGGUCAUCACGGAUGGCCGCCAUGACCCCCGGGAUGACGACCUGAACCUGCGGGCCCUCUGCAGCGAUGAUGAUGUCACGGUCACAGCCAUCGGCAUCGGUGACAUGUUCCAUGAGCAGCACGAGAGUGAGAACCUCAAUUCCAUUGCCUGCAACAAGCCUCAGCAGGUGCGCAACAUGACGCUUUUCUCCGAGCUGGUGGCCGAGAAGUUCAUUGACGACAUGGAGGACAUCCUGUGCCCAGAUCCCCAGAUCGUCUGUCCUGACCUUCCCUGCCAAACAGAGCUGUACGUGGCCCAGUGCACGCAGCGGCCUGUGGACAUCGUCUUCCUGCUGGACGGCUCCGAGCGGCUGGGCGAGCAGAACUUCCUCAAGGCCCGGCGCUUUGUGGAGGAGGUGUCCCGGCGACUGACGCUGGCACGCCGGGAUGAUGAUCCGCUCAACGCCCGCGUAGCGCUGCUGCAGUAUGGCAACCCGCGCGAGCAGCAGGUGGCCUUCCCGCUGACUGCCAAUCUGACAGUCAUCCAGGAGGCGCUGGAGGAGGCACGCUACCUCAACUCCUUCUCGCACGUGGGCACCGGCAUCGUGCACGCCAUCAACACAGUGGUGCGGGGCGCGCGGGGCGGGGCGCGGCGCCACGCUGAGCUCUCCUUCGUCUUCCUCACCGACGGCGUCACCGGGAACGAGAGCCUCGAGGAGUCGGUGCACUCCAUGCGCAAGCAGAAUGUGGUGCCCACCGUGGUGGCCGUGGGCAACGACGUGGAUAUGGAUGUGCUCUCCAAGAUCAGCCUCGGCGACACGUCUGCCAUCUUCCGCGAGAAGGACUACGACAGCCUGGUGCAGCCCAGCUUCUUUGACAGAUUUAUCCGCUGGAUCUGUUAG